AUACAGAAGAAGGAAAUAAAAAUCACUUAUGUUACCAUGCAGAGAUGACUGGAACUAAAUUUUUUGUAGGUAUGCCUUUGCAAAAUCAAAAUCAUAUUAAGUAUUCUGUUUUGAAUCCUGCUGUUUUUCUCCUAAUAUUCUAUGAAACAUUCAUCAAGUGGCUACUAGUGCUGGCUUUCACACGAAUCCUGGUAAAGCCUGGUGCUAACUGUGGUCACCGAGGCAAACAGGGUGCAGAGGGGGACAGGGCAGUGGACAGUUCCAGAGUUGCCAGAUCUUAGGAAGGUCUUCACAGAGGAAGAGCUAGAUCUUGAAGGAGGAUUAGGCUUCACAGGGCAUGGGGUUGGAGGGGGGUGGCGAUGGUGGCGGUGGUAAUAGUUGGGAAGGCACCCCGGGUGGCAAAAAUGGCAGUGGAAAGAUCUACAGGACAGGCCCCAAAGCAGCGGUGGGUCACGAAGGGGUUGAGUUUUCCUCUGUGGAUGUUGAAGCUCCACUAAUGGGCUUUAAGUGGGGAGGAACAUUGGAUUUGCAAUUUAGAAAGACAGCUGUUUCAACACACUCCUUCACAGUGUGAUGAGUGCCUUGAAAGGAGCAAGGCAAAGCCGGGAGACUAGCUGGGAGGCUAAUAGCGUCAUCCAGGUGAGAGAUGAUGUGGCUUGGAUGAGAGCAGCAAUAGGAGGAAUUAAGGGGAGGAGAUGGAUUGCAAAGAUAUUUAAGCAGUAGAAAGGAUAGGCGUUAAUGGCUGGCUAGGUAGCUUGGCCAUGUGACUUGCUUGGGCCAAUAAGAUGUUAGCGGGUGUGACCUAACCACUUACCCAGUAUUGAAAAGUGCAGGUGCAGCGGUGGUGCUUGCUCUUGGGCUUCUGCCCUUGCUGUGAGAGGGGCGGGCUGGGGGCUGGUCUGCUGGGCCCAGGAGAAGGAGGAAAAGCAAGGGGAGCGGAGCCCUCAGGUGACUCACAGUCUCAUGAUAAAGGCUAGCCAAGAUCUGCCAACCCACAGACACCAGCCAGCCCCGGUCCACGCCAUGGCGUCCGCAGAGCCCCUGACAGCGCUGUCCCGCUGGUACCUGUACGCCAUCCACGGCUACUUCUGCGAGGUGAUGUUCACGGCCGCCUGGGAGUUCGUGGUGAACUUUAACUGGAAGUUCCCGGGGGUCACCAGCGUGUGGGCGCUCUUCAUCUACGGCACGUCCAUCCUCAUUGUGGAGCGCAUGUACCUGCGCCUGCGGGGCCGCUGCCCGCUGCUGGUGCGCUUCAUCUACACGCUCUGGACCUACCUGUGGGAGUUCACCACCGGCUUCAUCCUGCGCCAGUUCAACGCCUGCCCCUGGGACUACUCCCAGUUCGACUUUGACUUCAUGGGCCUCAUCACCCUGGAGUACGCCGUGCCCUGGUUCUGCGGGGCCCUCAUCAUGGAGCAGUUCAUCAUCCGAAACACCCUCCGCCUCCGCUUUGACAAGGACGCUGAGCCCGGGGAGCCCAGCAGCCCCCUGGCCCUGGCCAACGGCCAUGUCAAGACUGACUGAGUCGGGGCCGCUAGGUGGGGCCCCGGGGGUACGGGCAAGGGUACCAAGCUGGUGGGGUUGCUCCCUCUGUACAGCACAAACCCUGCCCGGUAGGGCACACAGUGCGCGCAUCCCCUCCACGGUGGGCGGGAGUUGGGGGCGGGGCGUGGAGGCGGCAGAGGUACUUUGGGGAAGGGUCGGUGGAUCCCAGCCCAGCUCAGAGGCUAGGGGUGGGAGGCCCGUGGCGACGCAGGGACUGGACUCUGCGGGUGACUUUGAAAGCAGCAGGCCCUGUUCUGGCUAAGGGACUCUGGGAAUGGGGCAGCAGGGGGGAGGCAAGGCCGGAGGUGGCUUUGGGCUGCGGCAGUGGCCAGCUCCCUCCCCCUCACCUGGUUCAGCUGGGGUUUGGCUGGUUCCAUUAGGCAAUAUUAAGGUGCUUGCUUGCAACCAAUACCUCCCUAGGGGGCCUGCUGAGCUGCAGCCUAACAAGAGACUGGGCAGCCAGGAGGCUGAUUGGCAGGAGUGCUGGUCUGCAAAGCUGGGAGGCCGUCCCUUGGCUCUUCUCUCCUCCCCCAGGACCCCACGCUGCUCCCUUGGCCUUCUGGGGCUCCCCCCCCCUGGUGCUGGAUUCCCACCAACCUUGGGCUUUUGGAGGUUUCAAUCCCUGUGUGUUCGGUGGCGUUUCCCCCGUUUUCUCUUACUGUCGAAGCCUUUACCACUAGCAGCCCCUUUAUCCGCGACAGCUACCCCACCUGCUCCUACCUGCAACUCCCUGGCCAACACAGCAGCUGCCAGAGAUAGAACCCUGAGCAGACCUCUCCUGCCCUCUUGCAGCCUUCACUCCACUGUUCCGUGGUCUGAUGCCUGGGAAGUUCCUGCGUUCCGUGUCCUCACCACCCUAGUCUGGUGAGCUGUGGCAGUGCCCCUGGUGCUCUUCUCCAUGCCACCUCCCUGCAGUGGCUAAAAACUGAGGAUGGCUCCAAAGCACAGUCAGGCCAAUAUGGGCCUCAUGGAAACACAAUGGGGACCCAGAGACAAAUCAGUUCAGGGGUUAGGGGGAUGGGAUAGGCAGUAGAGGCACCGGACCGGUUUAUUUUCAAACCAGUCUGGGGCAAUCUAGCUUUCUAGGAGUGGAGGAGCAGGGAUCCACUGUUGGAGAGCCAUGGAGAAUGCAUGAGUGAGAAAAAGAGGGCCUUUCAGCUUUGGGAGGGUCUUCAAAGUAUCCUUAGUGGGAAGGGGUCCGUUCUGGUUCUGCCAUAGCCCCAGCCCUGCAGCAAAACCUCCUCAGGGCUACCCCCUCCCCACCCCUCGCAGAAAGGCCGACCCUUCGAGCUUGUUCCUGAAACAGUAUUAACUCUGCCAUGCUCAUGGGCAUUGUCAUUUCGGUUGCCCCACCUUCCCCCAUGACGGGUCCAUUGCUGGCAGUGGACAGGUGAAAUCCUAACUGCAGCCCACUUCGGGCUCUGCCCCCCACCCCCUGAGGGGAGGGGUCCGUCAGAACGCAGCCUAUCCCAUGGUACAGUCUCUUCUUGACCAUUACUAGGACUCUUAGGUAGAAAUUAGCCUUUCCCUUUUUAUAGAACAUUAAAAGUAAUAAUACCACCUGUGGAGAGCACCUCCUCUUCUUGCUUCACCUGGACUGUGCAGACAGCACCAGCUAGGGUGGAGGGGCUGGGGGAUGGGCAUGCGUGAUGUCCCAGAUUAGGAGAAAGGCUGGGAGAGCCUGGUAGGGCUGCGUUCAGUGGCUGACCCUGUCUAGGAUGGGAUGAAGGGCCAGCCUCUACGUGCUGGGCAGGCUCCUCAAGUCCAGGCACAAACUACAUUUUGCAGGGGUUAACCCUCCCUUUGAUUUUACUGUGGCCCCCAUUCCAGGAUGUGGGGCUUCCAGGGACUCAGCCUUCCAAUGGGGACCAAUUGCUUCCCAAUGACAGGUGGAGGGGACUCCAGAGGGAGAUUAUCGUCAGGUUCCCUGUUCCCUCUGGAUAAUGGCUUCCUUGGUCUUUCCCCCUCCUCCGUGUGAUCUCCAUCUCCAGCACCCCUCCAAGCCCCCCACAUGGGCCCUUAGACCACACCCCUCACCUUUGCUGUCCCCUCCACAGCAGAAUCUGGUGGUCAGCUUAUUGAUGUCUCUCAGCCCAAGGCCUCCACGAUUCUCCACGAGAGCAAGCCCUUGGAUGGCCUGGCCAGGUCCAGCUGCUCCAGAUGUUGCCCUGUCCGCAUUCCCUGGCACCAGCUCUCUGGGUCCUAUAAACUCCCGAGUAUGAGAGGUUCCCAAGUAAACCUGCCUGGCUGGCAACGUGCAGAGCACUGUGCUUCUGCUUCAUCCAUGUGCCCCGUGGCUCCUACUGUCCCUCGUAGGGCACAGAGCCCCCAGCAAAGGGAGGUGAUGGCCUGGAGCUUGACCACAGGAUCUGCAGGCUCAGAGCUCACCAGAGGUCACCCAGACCUCAACUCUUGCAUUUUUGGGUAUCUUCAGGACCCCAAUCUCUUAGUGCCCAGGGACUCAAAGUUUGGAGGGAUCCCAGCCCUGCAGAGCAGGAGAGAAUCUGCUGUUUAUGAACCUCUGGUGUCCUGGGCUUCUCUCAACUGGACAUGGCAGCAUCUCUGAGUCACAGAUCGCCAUGUGCUACCCUGCAUGGUUGAAUCGCUUCUGAUGUCUGCUAGGUAUCCUGUCCCUUGUGCUGUGCCCCCUCUGAUGCCAGUAAGUCACAAUGGCCCAUGCUUAUUCACAGCAAUAAUAACCUAGGGAGUGCCCACAAAGUUCUUUCGUCCUAGUCCCUCAUUUUCUGCACAGGUCUCCUGGGGAGGCAGCCACUGAGCUGGUCCAUUCAUGAGAACCUGUGUUUAUGAAGCUCUGGGCUCUGCAGACAUCAUCACAGGGGAUGCAGAAAGAUGGGAGGCCCAGGCCUGAAGGAGCAAUGGCUAAGGCAGGCAGAGUGCCUUCCACCCUGAGGUCACCCCAGGCCUAGAGGAGCUGCAGGUCCCUGCUCUGCAAAAGAGCCUUUGAGGCGGAUGGGUCAGUCUCCCAGCUACGGCAGCUCUUCAGAAGGUUACAUAAUUGGUUUGUGUGCUCAUUGCCUGCUCUGUCUCCAUUGGUCUUUUUUGUCUCUUUCUUUUCACAUUCGUGCACAUAAAAUAUACUGGUGUUUGUGUUGCA